AUGGCGUCUGGAUCAUCUCUCCUGGAAGAGGAAAUGUCCUGUCCAGUGUGCACUGAAAUCUUCAAGGACCCCGUUCUCAUGAGCUGCAGUCAUAGCUUCUGUAAGCGCUGUUUGCAGGGGUACUGGGAGCAGAAGGGAUUGCGGGAGUGCCCAGUUUGCAAGAGAAGAUCUUCUAAGCCUAUACCUCCCACUAACCUGUCUCUGAAGAAUAUCUGUGAGGCGUUCUUAAAAGAGAAAAGUCAGAAACCUAAAGUCGGAUCUGAAGUGCUCUGCAGGCUUCACAAUGAGAAACUCAAGCUCUUCUGUUUGGAGGAUCAGAUACCCAUCUGUGUUGUCUGUCAAACUUCAAGAAGACAUGAAAACCACAAGCUGAGACCAGUGCGGGAGGCUGCAGAAGAGUACAAGGAGAAAUUCAGGCCUGCACUUGCUCCACUGCAGGAGAAGCUAAAAACCUUCAACGAAGUGAAACUAAUCUGUGAACAAACAGCCGAGCACAUCAAGAGUCAGGCCCAACACACUGAGAGACAGAUAAAGAUGGAGUUUGAGAAACUUCAGCAGUUCCUAAAAGAUGAAGAGGCAGCCAGGAUCACGGCACUGAGGGAGGAAGAGGAGCAGAAGAGUCACAUGAUAAAUAACAAGAUUGAGAAGAUGACAGAAGAGAUAUCAUGCCUUUCAGACCAAAUCAGAGCCAUAGAACAGGAGCUGGGAGCUGAAGACAUCCCAUUCCUGCAGGUAAGAUCUGUUCACUACGUGCCUUCCACACUGGCGGAUCCAGAGAAGGUUUUAGGGCCAUUGAUUGAUGUGGCCAAGCACCUGGGCAAUCUGAAGUACAACGUGUGGGAGAAGAUGUUGGGGACUGUUCAAUACACUCCUGUGACUCUUGACCCAAACACAGCAAACGCCAAGCUCUCACUGUCUGGGGAUCUGACCAGUGUGAGGUUCAGUGGUGAGAGUCUACAGCUUCCCGACAAUCCUGAGAGGUUUGAUAGGGGGCGCUGUGUUCUGGGCUCUGAGGGAUUCAGCUCAGGAAGGCACUACUGGGAUGUAGAAGUGGGGGCUGAGGAUUACUGGGUGGUGGGUGUGACUAAGGACUCCAUCAGCAGGAAAGGGAUGGUAGAUCUGAGCCCGGGAGGAGUGUGGAGUAUUCGGCAGAGCAAGGGAGAAUACACAGCCAUGACCUCUAUACCGACAGUCCUCGCUGUGCAGAAGAAACUCCAGAGGGUCAGAGUGCAGUUGGACUGGGACAAGGGGGAGGUGUCAUUCUCUGACCCCAGUAACGACACUCCCCUCUACACUUUUAAGCACUCUUUCAAGGAGAGAGUGUUUCCAUUCUUUGUUCCUGAUUUCCUUUCUUUCAAUACUCCCCCGAUACAAAUCUGUCCAAUGAAAGUUUCUGUAAAAGUGGAAUAG